AUGAAGACGAAUGCUUACGCGCCAACAAGAUUCGAUCAAGAAACCGAGCUUGCAGCUUUUGUCCCAGACUGGGAAGAGAUGAUUUGGUCCGAUAGGGAACGGUGGCCAUGGCGGCCAUUACAAAAUAUUCUGCAAGUCUAUCUAGAUAUGUUGGAUGAGGGUAAAAUAACAACAUAUUCGGAUCGUCGGAAGGAAUCUGAAGAUUAUUUUUUCGGGGCAUUCCCUUGGGAGAGUCACCAACAUACUGCAAUAGACGUUCAGCGGGCAAUUGGUGCCUUCACUCGUCUUCUUGAUGCUAUCGAGAUUCGCCUCCUAUCGAAUUCGACGCAUUCAACACACGACAGUGACCACAAACAGCCAAGCUUCGAAGGUAUAGCUCUCCCAUACUCGGAAUCGGUUAUGGAGGCGUCUUUUAUAGAAGCGGACUCGUUUGUCAAAUCGUUUCUUUCCGCUCUUCCUAUCCGCCACCUCAAAUUUCGCUAUAUUGCCCCUGGCAUUCGACUCCAAACACCAAUCGAAUUUAUAAAUCAACCACUUGCUGACCGCCGCCAUAAUGUUCUGAUUCCAAACUUAUAUAGUGCCGACCAGGAGAAAUCUUCAUUCCCUUUACUCUUAUUCCGAGGAGAGAGAGAGAACAAGUCACCCUGGACUCGGCCCUGGUUUCCUGACGGGAAGGCAGAGAACAUUCCCUGUGGUUUGUAUCUUGAACCCACCGACAAAGAUUUCAACUGGGAAUCUGGCAACCAGAGCCGACUGUUGCUGCCGUUUAGCAUCGGCAGGAAUGGGUUUGCUCGAAGUAGCAAUGGUAUUCCAUUCAAAAUUGCUAGGUGUCCGGGAACCGAGUGGCCUGAUCAACUUUACCACGAGGAUUUGUUCAGUGGCUACAGUGGCUAUUUACCUUGGGACUCCCGCAGCUCGUAUCUACACAAAGUUUUGGAAAGUUGGGCUGAACGGGUGGAAAUGGGUGAUUGGCAGGUGGACGAAGACGGCGUUGUCGGUGGUAUUGACAAGUUUAAGGAGGCUGACACUGAAGAGCAUUGGAGAGAAUAUUUUAUUCCUUGGUGA